AUGUCCAAGUCAAUUGUUAACACCAAGCCUUACCCUUUCCAAUUUGAGGCAAGCCAGUAUCCUACAAUCAGGCCCAAUGGGAAGGGUGUCACGGUUGAUUACAGUAAUUGUCGUGGGGCCAUACCAUCUCUCCAAGCAUCUAAAAUCAGGGCCUUGGUGCAAGAGGCCCACGGCGACCCAUCAAAAAUUGUGGCCAACGUCUGUAGCUACGACGCCCUGAGCUCGCGCUUGUGCGAGGAAGCUGGCUUCCCAGUAGUCUUCCUUGCCGGCUACCCGAUGGCUUCCGCACACGGACUGCCUGACACUGGUUACAUUGCUUUUGGGGAAGUUGUCAGCAAGAUUCAGGAGGUUGCCAGGGAGGUCAGUGUUCCCAUCUUGGUUGACGGUGAUACCGGCUAUGGUAGCCCAAUGAAUGUUCGUCGAACCGUGCAAGGGUUUGCAAAGGCUGGAGCUGCCGGCAUCAUGCUUGAGGACCAAUCGUGGCCAAAGCGUUGUGGACACACCGCUGGAAAAAGUGUUGUGUCUCGCAGUGAAGCCUACGCGCGCUGGCAAGCUGCUGUGGAUGCCAGAAAUGAGGGCCAAGACAUCUGGAUCCUGGCCAGAACCGACAGUCUCAUCCAUGGAUAUGACGAGGCCCUGGCCAGGGCACGCAAGGCCAUUGAGAUUGGAGUCGACGCUGUCUUUGUUGAGGCGCUUCCAGACCUCGAGACUAUGGAGCGCCUUCGAAAGGAUUUGGACUUUCCACUGGUCGCCAACAUCAUCGAAGGUGGCAAAACACAAAACCUUGCUGCAAAAGAUCUUGCCGCCUUGGGUUACAGUCUAGUUUGCUACCCUUGGACUCUAGUCGCAGCCAAACUGAGAAGUAUUCGAGAGGCUUUGGAGAAUAUCAAGGGUAGUAUGAUGGUUGGGAAGCCUCCGGUGGUUCUUUCAUACGAGGAAGUAUGUGACGGGGUUGGUUUCAAUAAGUAUUACGAGAUCGAAGAGAGGUAUCAAUAUGAAGGACGAGCAAAUGGUGCCAAUGGGCACCAAUGGAAGGAGUAG